AUGGAGCCAUGUGAUUCUCAACAAUGCAGCAACCUCACCUUCUGGGCACCCCAGGCAAGGGUUGCUGCUGGAGGAACCCGUAUGCUGGGCUGGAAUCUUAGCCCAGAAGAUCUUGUUCAUAUUCCAGAGCACUGGCUAAAAUACCCUGAGCCAAAACCUGUCUACAACUAUGCACUAGGAGUCCUAUAUAUUGUCUUUAUGUUUGUUGCCCUCCUUGGCAAUGGACUCGUGAUAUGGAUAUUUUCAUCAGCGAAAUCACUCCGAACCCCAUCUAAUUUAUUCGUUGUCAAUUUGGCGAUCUGCGACUUCUUGAUGAUGCUCAAAACACCAAUAUUCAUCUUCAACUCGUUCAACAGAGGCUUUGCGUUGGGUCAUACUGGCUGCCAAAUCUUUGCACUGGUCGGUUCUUUUUCAGGAAUCGGUGCGAGUGCCACGAAUGCGAUUAUUGCAUAUGAUCGAUACAGGGCUAUAGCUAAACCUUUCGCUGCGAAGAUGUCUCGCGCUAAAGCUGUAUUAUAUAUAAUCUUAAUUUGGGCAUAUGUCUCUCCUUGGGCUCUAAUGCCACUGUUCGAAGUUUGGAGUCGCUAUGUUCCAGAGGGCUUUCUAACUAGCUGCAGUUUCGAUUACUUGACUCGUUCGGAAGAAAUUCGCAAUUGGGUAGCAGUGAUGUUUGUCAUCUGUUACUGCCUCCCUCUUGGAUUAAUAAUAUAUUUCUACUCCCAAAUUGUUAGCCAUGUCAUCAUUCAUGAACACAAUCUUAGAGAACAGGCAAAAAAAAUGAAUGUCGAAUCUCUACGGAGCAAUUCAAACUUACAACAAACUUCUGCAGAAAUUAAAAUAGCAAAAGCUGCUAUUACGAUAUGUUUCCUUUAUGUUUGCUCUUGGACUCCUUAUGCUGUUUUGGCUCUAAUUGGCGCUUUUGGAAACCAGGACGUUUUGACUCCUGGAGUCACAAUGAUUCCUGCUUGUGCUUGCAAAGCUGUUGCUUGUCUGGAUCCUUAUGUGUAUGCUAUCAGUCAUCCUCGAUACAGGCAAGAGUUGAACAAGAAGUUUCCAUGGUUAGAAAUAAAAGAAACUCUUGCAUCUGAAACGGGGUCUACAGCUACCGAAUUGACUACGGCUACCAACAACUCAACUCCAGCUAAUCAACCGAAUACUAAAAAUGUUUAAUACACUGAUAUAUUUUUGUAACAUUUUAAUUGUUGAUCUGGAGGAAUAAUAAAGCUUAUACAAGAAUUAA